CAAAAAAGAAGACGCACAGAAUCGAGUUGCAGCUCCUAUAGCACGGAAGAAAUCGUCUUCUCUGCUCAAACGAGCCUCAAAUCAUCUGGAAAAAAAGAUGUGGCUGAAAUCCUGCAGUACCUUUUAGAAAAUCCAGAGCAAGUCUCUAAAGUAAAGCAGUUUAUUCAAUUUGGAGAAAUGAAAGAAAUAUCAUCCCAAAAAGCUUUGGCAUUAUAUGUCACUUUAACCCUUUCCCUCCUUACGGUACUUAGAAGUACCUCCACAUUUUUCGUCUAAUACAUUAAGUACGAAAAUAUUUUAUGCAAACUAAAACUGACGAUCCUUUAGAGUACCGUUUCCGUAAGCCAAUCACAGCGCGUUAUUUGAAUUACCGCGUGAAGUAGCCACAGAAUUUGAAGAGCAAGUUACAACUUGUCGAACAUUUGGACACUACGCAGUACAGUGUAAUUGGAAUUUUUAAAAAAAUAGAAUAUCAUAGCCAUCGAGAUGGAUAUUAAAAACAAUUCUGCUCUUAUUGAAGCCCUAUUAUUAGAAGAUCUUCCCGAAUGCGACGAAGAGUCUAAUGCAGGAGUGUCCGAUGACGAAGAGGAAAAUCUUCAACUACCUUCACCAAGAGGCUUUGAUGAGAUUUUCGAACGAGCUCUAGACAGUGUGUUAGCCGAAGUUUCACCAUCUUCGCCGUCAAAUGAAGAUAUUUUAGAGGACCCUAUAAAUCAGGUACCCACAUCUAUACCUGGACCUAGUGUUCAGCCUGAACUCUGUCAGUCUGCAAAUACGUCUUCACACAGAACUAACCAGCGAUUACCCGAACCAAACCGUAAAUGGAAAAAGAGGGAUCUAAAUACAAUUUUACCGGAAUACUCUGCAGCUACUGGAGUAGUAGAAGACUAUUUUGCUCACUGUGCUACACCGACUGAUGUAUUUUUAGUACUGAUUGAAGAUAUUAUUGACAAUAUCAUAUACCAAAGUAAUCAUUAUGCUACUCAGAAAGGUAAGAUAUUGAACCUAAAAAGGGUGGAACUCCUAACAUUCAUAGGUAUGAAUUUUUUUAUGGGUUAUAAUACUCGUCCGGCCUGGAGAGACCAUUACUCUUCGCAACCUGAUCUCAACAAUGCACUUGUUUGCAAAUCAAUGGCAAGAGACAGAUUUGCUAUAAUUUUAUCUCAUCUGCAUUGCAAUGAUAACUCCCAAAUGCCACGAGACUGUAAAGACAAGUUAUAUAAAAUUAGACCAAUGAUUGAUGGACUCAAUAAAAAAUUUCAAGAGGUUUAUCAUGGUACUCGCGAACUCAGUGUAGAUGAAUCAAUGAUUAAAUUCAAGGGUAGGUCUGUCUUGAAACAGUAUCUUCCCAUGAAGCCCAUAAAAAGGGGGUACAAGCUAUGGUGUCUUGCUGAUCAGAGAGGCUAUAUAAAAAAGUUUCAAAUUUACCAAGGAAAAGACGAAGAACUGAACUCAAAAUUUACCGGCUAUGGCUUGGGAGAGAAAGUAGUUUUGGAGUUGACGGAACAAGAUUGGGGUAAAGGGAAGAUUGUUUACUUUGAUAAUUUUUUUUCGUCGGUUGCUUUACUUGAAAAAUUGAAAACGGAAAACACCUAUGCAUGUGGAACUAUCCGAAGUAAUAGAAAAGGACUGGCUGGAAAUAUGCUCGGUGAUUCUCAAAUGAAAAGGGGCGACAGUGACCAUCGAUUUUCAAAUUUAGACAUUGGAUAUUUUAAAUGGAAGGAUAACAAAAUAGUUCAUUUAGUAUCUAAUUUUCAUGGCAAUGAAGAGGUAACUGUGUCACGUAAAGAAAAAAAUGGAUCCAAGUCUGCUGUAACAUGUCCAGUUGCUGUCAAAGAUUACAAUACUUACAUGGGCGGCGUAGAUACUGCGGAUCGUUUGAGAGCCCUAUACUGUAUAGAUCGCAAAUCACCGAAAUGGUGGCACAGGUUGUUUUGGGGUCUUCUGGAUAUCGCAUUUGUCAAUGCAUAUGUCAUUUAUGGACUAAUAAUGGAGCAGACUACCGUAAAAGAUUUUCGACGGUCUGUUUCUCAAGGCUUGAUGACAAUGAAGGAUGUAGGUCAGAAAAGGAAGACUUCUUCUGAUAAUACUGCGCAAAGCGGUCCUUCCAAAAGGCGCAAAUCUGACUAUUCCACUAUAAAAGACGUACGCCUGGGUAACAGAGGCAUCCAUUGGCCUACAUUCGUAGAGAACAGGGGAAGGUGUGAAGUUUGUAGUUUGAAGAAGAUUCAGUCGAAACCUCAUAGUAAAUGUUCACAUUGCAACGUGUUUUUGUGUGUCAAUGAGAAGAAAAAGUUGAAUAUCACGAGAUUAAUCUUUAAUGAAAAAACCUAUCAAUUUAAUUAAUAUGUUAGUAAAAUAAGUCAAUAUUGGAUCUCAUUACUUUUGUAGUUUCUCUAUCAAAGUUCCUAACAUUGUGCUAACUCGAAGUUCCUGAUGGUACUUAUAAGUCUAGGUAUUGGAAUUAGUACUUCUAGGUACAAUAAAAAUCUGAAAAAAAUCUGUGUGUUUCCUUUUACCUACCUUAUUAUGAUAAUAAAG